AUGUCACCUGAGGACGCCCAGCAAGUCAUACACCAAUGGGUGUAUUUCUCCGUGUACCAGGUUGCGAACAAUCGCCCCAUACUCCACGAUGGAUGCGUCCAGAACAUUUGUGACGCACUGUUUGGUCCAGAGUGGAACCAAUACACAAACGAGGAGCAGCAGGCCAAGAGAGACAUCAUCUGGGCGGAGUACAACAGGAUGUUCAGGGACUAUCUGCCUAUGCUUCAGCAAUUCCAACAUGACACCAACGAGAUCUUGAGGCUUGACGAAGCAGCUCUCGCCACCCUUCUCAGGAGGCCCAGCAAUGAUAGUGCCAGCAAUGAUACAACUAGUGGUACGAAGACCAGCCCUACAAAGACUAGCCCUACAAAGACUAGCCCUACAAAGACCAGCUCUACAAAGACCAGAGCUAUGAAGGUUAGAGAUACGAAGAUUAGAGCUAUGAAGGCCAGCGAUGCCUUUGACGAGCCGAUCGACGAGUCGAUUCUCACGACUGCGUUCGCAAUCGAGAGAGACGAGGCUGCCCGCAAGAACCUGGACAAGUAUUACGAGCCCUGUCAACAGGGACGCAAGGACUUGAUCAUCAGACGUGCUAAAGAGCCAGAAGGUAACAUUGACCUCUUCGACCACAAGGCCGUACCCUUGAAUGAUGACAAGAGAACCAAGAACUGUCCCAAGUGUGGGAAGUCCGUCACCUCCAAUGGCAUCAAGCGCCAUGUUCAGAUCACUCACGAGAAGGACCCUCGCUGGGUCAUCUACUGCCCUGCGCCCGGAUGCAAGUAUGAGUGUUGGCGCGGAGAUGCCACCAUUCUGGCACACAUGGCCUAUUACCAUGAGGGUCUACACAGGGAGAUCUUUGGCGAGGAGGAUGUGCAAAAGCAGGCCAAGGCAAGGGCAAAGGGAAACGAAGGUGUCAAGGCAAGGCGUUUGGCGAAGAUUGAGGCCGAUGCAAAGGCAAAGGACGGCAAGUCCGCCGUCUCGGAGAGUGAAGAGCAGAGGGUCAAGGAGUCUGAGCUGGCCGAGGAUCACCUGAGAGGUGAGGCACUGGAAUUUGAGGUCAUGCCUCACGAGGACUUGUAUGACGAGGUCAUGUCUGAAGAGAACAUGCCUACCCAGCACACGCCUGUCCAGCACAUGCCGACCCAGCAUGUGCCCAACCUGUACAUGCCAAACCCGUAUGUACCAAACCAGUACAUGCCCACUCAGAGCAUGCCCAACCAACAUAUGCCUAACCUGUAUGUGCCAACCGAGUAUAUGCCCAACCAGCACAUGCCCAACCAGCAUAUGCCAAGCCAACACAUGCCAAACCAGCGCAUUCCCGAUCAGCAUAUGACCAGCCAAUAUAUGCCAAACGGGUAUGCGCCCAACGAGCAGAUGUUGGAUGAAGAAAUAUCUGAUUGGAAAUGGGCAACCAGAAGAUGA